GGAGUCGAGUGUGAGCCGAGAGGGGGGAUUAAAAAGGAGACCGGGGGGCACAAGCUCGAAGCAACGGGCAACACCAAGUCAUGGAGGGCGAUGUGCGUGUUCGUGCAGUGGUCAUGACACGAGAUGACGUCGGGUGGGUGCAACUCGGAGGUGGUGGCCUUAGUCAUGUGGUCAUCUGUAAAGGGCGGAGUCCUGAUGGUCGGGGGCGGAGAGAGUACAUCAUACACGGAGAGCGGCUGCGCGAUCGAGCACCCGUGCUGGAGUGUCCUGUGCAGAAGGGCCUGGUGUACAACAAGGUGAACCCCAUUUUCCAUCACUGGCGGGUGGAGGACAGGAAGUUUGGUCUGACUUUCCAGAGUCCUGCUGAAGCCAGCUCCUUUGAGAAAGGCCUUCAAAGUGUCCUUGACAAACUGGAGAGAGGGGUAGAAUUAUUUGAGAUGAUGACGGUCAAGCAUCUGUGUCAGUCUCAUACAGGCAGUGAUUCGUCUGCUAAUAGUAAGCAGGAGAUGCUGCCCAAGCCCAUCACCAUAGUGACUAGCAAGUCGUCCUCUUCAUGCUUUGUGCGAUCUGCCACAGAGGACUUUGGCUAUGGAUCAGGGCAUGCUGUUACCACACAGACGACCCCUGCUCAGAUCCACACACGGCCAGUGGUGCUGCAGCAGCAUGUGUGCCAGGUGACGGCGUCGGUGCUGAACCCCCCAUCCCCACCGCCCCCUCCGCCCGCCCCGCCCACCCCUCCCCUGGCACCUCCCCCCUCCUCCCCGAUCUCCCCCACCAUCUCUCUCCUGGAGGAGGGCGACCCCUGCAAGCACCUGUUUAGGGACUACGGGGACUACCGUCACGGGAACACGGUGGGAGGCAUCACGGGGGGCGUGGUGGUGGGCACGGGGGCGGAGAAGGAGGUGUGCGUGGUGCGCUUCGAGAAGGAGCUGGCCGGCGUGGGCACGGCCGGCUGCGAGGUCACCAUCUCCCUGGACCCAAAGGGCUCCGGCCGCCACCUGUCCUCGCCCACCUGCACAGCCAUGCCCAACGCCAUGUCAGGGACAUCUCCGACGGGGGGCUCGCCCCAGGAGACGGGCAAGGGCUCGCCCUCGCCGUGCUGCAUCCACACCUCGCUGGCCACGCCCCGCUCUCGGACUCGCAGGAGAGGCGGCGGCGGGGGUGGCGGCGGCGGCAGCGUGGCGGGCGGGGGAGACGCCAUCUCGCCCGACGAGGACAGCCCGUGCCCCGAGGGCCUGUCGUCGUGCUCGUCGCGCUGCGUCUACUGCCGCUCGGUGUUCAUCACCGCCGACAACGGGCGGGGCCGCUGCCGGGACGCGCCCGACCCCGCGCUGCACUGCCUGCGCCAGUGGACGUGCGUGUGGUGCGCCGAGAGCCUGCUCUACCACUGCAUGUCGGACUCGGAGGGCGAGUUCUGGGAGCCGUGCUCGUGCGAGGACUCGCCGGGCGGCCGGCCGCACCCGCUGUGCUGCGCCCGCUGGCUGGCGCUGCUGGCGCUCUCGCUCUUCGUGCCCUGCAUGUGCUGCUACCUCCCGCUCCGCGCCUGCCUGCGCUGCGGCGAGAGGUGCGGCUGCUGCGGCGGCAAGCACAAGGCGGUGCGGUGA